AUGAUCUCUGCUUCAAGUCUUGCCGCCAUUUGUAUUCUUGCCUCAGUGCUUGCCAUCCGUGUACUGCACCGGCGCUCGAGCCAGUCAUCUAACCUCCCUCCUCUGGUCGCCAUACCGGACGAACAACUCUUCGGCAAUCCACGGCAUGCGUACGAGACUGCACUCAAGCAGUACGGGAAGAUAAUCGGUGUCCCUCGGAAGAACAGACUGGAAUACAUCGUGGACCAAAGCUUUGUCGCGGAAGUCCUAACAAAUGAUAAGGUGUACAGCUUCGAGCAUGGCACACUAUCUAUGUUGAAUCUUCAUGUCCUACUCGCCCUUCCUCGCAGUUUCAUGCACGAAAUCGACAGGGUGGUGCAAGAUCACAUCGUUUCAGAUCUGGAUGACAGUGUUGACCGAAUCGCUCCCGUCUUUGAUAAGCUCGCGAAGAAACUGGCUGCUCCAGUAUCAUCUGAAUGUCAGCCUAUUGCCGUCGAAAUCGAUUCAGAGGUUCAUCGGAUGAUGGCAGAAGCAAUGCUAACAUUGAUUCUUGGAAGGCAUUACGCGUCGGCGGCUCACAUUGCGUCUACCGAGCGCAUUGCCGUCGCUAUUGCGACGUUGACGGGAAUUUUUGAGAACAUGAGCUGGUGGUCGCGUACAUUCCCCACAGUAGGGCGUACUUGGAACUGGCUCAAGGUCAUGUUCAUCGCGAUACCAUAUCACUUCGUCUUAGGCAUAGGCUGGCAGGCUUUCAGCGAGCUGUCUGCAAUCACUGACGUUGCAAGGAGCGAUAUCCGCAAGGAGCCGGUCAUUAUGAGCUUCGCUCGCAAGUUUAUCGAUAAGAAGACCCACCGCAUAAGCCUCAUUGAUCGAAUAUGGAUUUUGUCCGUAAUCCUUGGCUUAAUAUUUGCCUCCGUUCAUCAAACUGCUGUUGUCAUCAUGUGGGUAGUAUGCGAGUUAGCAAAGCGUCCAGAAUACAUCCAGGAAUUCCGCACGGACACUUUCACUGAGACUAGCGAAGACGGCGCUCAGCGUUUGACCUACGCAUCCCUUCAAAACGCUGAAAGACUCGAUUCAUUCAUCCGAGAGGUCAUGCGCACUAAGGGUGACACCCUCAGCACCGUCAGGCAAACCGUGUCCGACACGGCGCUGGCUGGCUACGUGAUUCCGAAAGGCUCAUUUGUGAUUCCCUUAGCUACAUUGGCUAACGAGGAUGAAAACCACUAUGGCGAGAAUGCGAAGGUGUUCGUUGGGGACCGAUGGGUUGGCACGGGCAAGCCAGCCACCAUGGUCAGCCCAAACUACUUCCCAUUUGGAUUAGGGCGGUGGGCAUGCCCUGGGCGGGGACUCGCCGUUGCUGAGAUCAAGUUGUUCAUACUAUCACUGAUUGCACAUGCAAACCUCUCCCUGGAGAACGGGGAAUAUAGAGUCGUUGACCCACUUAAUGUCACGUCAGUGGCGCCCAAAGGAAGAAUAUUCCUCCAUCCUUUAUUUUCGUGA